AGUACCCAACUAGCUUGAGUAGCACAUUCCUUGCACAUCCACAGAACUCGAUCAUGGCGGCCGUUCCUCCUAAUGUCGAGGUCUCCAUUGUCCCUGCACCCACUACAUACAGAAAGACUAUCCUCCGCAACCUGUGGUUGGGCCGCACUGGUGAUGACACCCAGAAAUCCCUUCUUGAGGUGGCCAAGUUUGGGCAUUACGUUGUUGUCAACUGGACCGUAUUUGAAGGAGAGGGCAACGGGGCGAAGCUAGUCGCCCGUGGACAAGGAAGCACCAUAUGCGCCGGUAGCUGGAUAUCUACUUACGUCAUAGUGUUUGUGGAUGGCAGGUUCAAAGGAUCCACCCUUCAAGUGAUGGGAAACGCCUUGGGUGUUAAUGGUCAGUUGGCUGUUACUGGUGGGACUGGGGAGUUUGCUCUUGCAAGUGGUAUCAUCAAGGUGGAUUUUGACAAACUUACUGGUGUUGACCACCUUACGGUGGAAGUGUAUACACCAGUGUUCUUAGGACCGUGUUAUGCAGCAGCGGAGAAUUAGUCCCUUGGGCCUGAUCUGAUUUACCAGUUGCUCUGAUCAAAAUAAAGUUUUUGACUUAAUCUCA